CUGUAAUCAAAAAACAAAUACGGGAACAUCGAAAGCCUAAAAGCACAGCACUCUCUCUUAGCUUCUUCUGACAAUAUUUGCUUUCUUGAUUAUUCCCUUCCAACCAAGCAUAAACCCUUCUCUAUCUCUCUCUGUUUGAUUUCUUAGGCCUACGCAUGGCUUCCUCUAAUUCUAUAACAAGCGACAAGCAAGAAAAGGGAAAAUUUAUGCCAAAUGACCAAAACGUUCUGCAGAAGCAUGUUUUCUUCUUUGACAGGAAUCAUGAUGGUAUCGUUUAUCCCUGGGAGACGUUUCAAGGUUUUCGGUCAAUUGGGUGUGGUGUCCUGUUUUCUGUUGCCAGUGCUCUUUUCAUCAAUAUAGGUCUCAGCCAGAAAACUCGCCCUGGAAAGUAUCCUUCUCUGCUAUUCCCUAUUGAGGUUCAGAAUAUCCAUCUUGGCAAACAUGGGAGCGAUUCUGGUGUCUAUGAUAAGAAUGGAAAGUUUCUUCAUGAGAAAUUUGAAGCUAUUUUCCGAAAGUAUGCACAUACACAUCCAAAUGCACUGACAUCAGGUGAACUGAUGGCAAUGCUAAGGGCGAAUAGAGAAUUUAAAGACUAUACAGGAUGGAUUGCAAGCUGGACAGAAUGGAAAACACUGUACGUUCUGUGCAAGGACAGUGAUGGUUUGCUGCAGAAAGAGACGGUGAAAGCUGCUUACGAUGGAAGUCUUUUUGAACACUUGGAGAAGCAAAGAGCAGCUGCAGCAACAUCGGCUAAAAAAAGAGCAUGUAUUUAAACAAGGGUAUAAUAUAAUGAUAGUAAUUGAGACUGUUCGGAUUGGCUGCAGUUGAUGGAUGGUCGUUGAGUUGAGAAUAGAAAAUGAAUAUGAAGAUUGUUCAGUUGUUUUAAUUCUCUCUGUUGUAAUAAAAUUACUAUGUUCUUUGUCUGUGGAUGGUAAUGCAUACGAGUUUAUGAGC